AUGGCUGCGGAGAAUCCAGCCAGGACGCUGCAGGAGGAAGCGACGUGUUCCAUCUGCCUGGAUUAUUUUCACGAGCCGGUGAUGAUUAUCGACUGCGGGCACAACUUCUGCCGGGCCUGCAUCACCCAGUGCCAGGAGGGAUGGCAGACAAACCUUUCCUGCCCCUGCUGCAGGGGCAGUUUUCCCCAGAGGAACCUCAAGCCCAACAGGCAGCUGGCCAGCCUGGCAGAGGUGGCCAAGCAGCUCAACCUGCAGCUGAUCAAAGACUCUGGAGGGGAGAGGGUGUGCGAGAAACACCAAGAGGCCCUGAAACUCUUCUGCCAGGACGAUCAGACCCCCAUCUGCGUGGUGUGCAACUGCUCCAAGGAGCACAGGGCUCACAGCGUCGUGCCCAGCGAGGAAGCUGCCCAGGAAUACAAGGUGGAAAUUCAGAGCCAGGUGGAGAUCUUGAAGAAAGAGAGAGCUGAGAUUCAAGUGUUUCAAUCAAGUGGGGAAAUGGCAAGCCAGGAACUGCUGCAAGAAGUGGAAGCCGAGAAGCAGAAGGUUGUGUCUGAAUUUAAGCAGUUGCACCUGUUUCUGGAGAAACAAGAGGAACAUCGACUGGGCCAGCUGAGGGAGCUGGACCAGGAGAUUAAGAAGAGGAGGGAUGAAAAUGCCACCAAAUUCUCCACGGUGCUAUCCUGCCUCGGUGACCUUGUCUGUGAGCUGGAGGGGAAAUGCCAGCAGCCAGUGAGUGAAUUCUUGCAGGACAUCAGAAGCACCUUAAACAGAUGCAUGAAGGGGAAGUUUCAAAAUCCAGCAGCUGAGCCUCCGACCUGGAGAAGGAGAAUCAAGGAACUCUCUCGAGAAAUCGUCUCGCUCCAGGAUGCGGUGAAGAAGUUCAAAGAGACUUUGUCACCUGGCUCCACGUUGAACCUAGCAAAUGUCACUUUUGAUCCGGCCACGGCUCAUCCCCGAUUUGUCGUGUCCGAGAACGGGAAGAGAGUGAGAUGGGGAGACACGCGGCAGGAGCCGCCCUACCGUCCCGAGCGAUUUGAUCCGUCUCGCUGCAUCUUGGGCUCCGAGGGGUUCACCGCGGGGAGCCAUGGCUGGGUGGUGGAGGUGGGGGACGGGGGAACCUGGGCCGUGGGGGUGGCCAGGGAGUCAGUGAAGAGGAAAGGGGAGAUCCUCUUGGACCCUGAGGGAGGGAUCUGGGCGGUGGGGCUCUGCAGAGGUCUGUACCGAGUUCUAAACUCCCCGGUGACGCCUCUUUUUGUGAGCAGGAACCCCCAAAGGAUUGUGGUGUAUGUAAAGUAUGAUGUCCACACGGUGUUGUUUUUUGACCUUGAAAAUUUGGCCUUGCUCUAUUCAUUCCCCUCAGCUGCUUUUGCAGGGGAGAAAGUCUUCCCUUUUUUCCGGCUUGGGGAUAUGCAGACCUGCCUCCGGAUAGGCCCCUGAAUUACAAGGGUAACACGCAGCCUUGGGGCUCUGUACGGAGAGCGCCCGUAGCAGGAGAGGGGCUUCUUCCAUAACCCUUCCUCACGGAUCUCCUGCAGGGAUAUUCGCAGCAUCGCUCGCUGGCCGUAGUCUGGCUGGUGUCAUCCCACAGUGCCGACACCACCAACGCCAACAGAUGGGGCUUUUCCAUCGGUGUAGGAACUCCGCCUCCCCAAGUGAAGGGAACUAUGCUGACGGAAGCCUACUUCCUUUGAACUAGCCCUGUACAGGAU